UUAAAGACUUUACUAAAAAGCAAGCUCAACCUAGCAGGUAAUAUAGUUGUCCAGUUUAGUGACCCAGAAUUCAACAAUGAAUUCUGCAACUUGACUGACAUAUCUGAGCUACCAUCGGAGAAGCUAAGCUUGAAGAUAAUUCUGAAGGAACCGUCCAUCUCACCUCCCUCUGCAUCCUCACUGGACACUUGUGGUUCAGAGCAGCCAGACAGUGGGUCAUCAGUUGAGUCUCCAUCAACCAGUCGUACCAAGCACUGGCAUCACCCAUUUAUCAUACCAUCCUUUGCUUACGAUGUUGAACUGAAGCUCAGGAAAGGGAAUGAGACUUAUGCAAAGGAUGGUUCCCUGCUGACAGUGACUCCUGCAAUGAAAAGCAACAUACUUGAUAGAGUAGGGAGUAUUAUGUAUGAAUUGAAUGGAUAUCCAACGGCAAGACAAAUUGAAGAUGUUGCCAAAGCCCUGGUUGAAAAGCAUCCCUGUUUGAGGGACCCAGGUUCUUUAGAUGGAUGGCAAAGCUGGAAGUUUGCCUUCAGUUUUAAGAUGGGUAAUCUUCGCCAGAAGUACCGUUUAGCUGGUUGCCCAGAGCUUACAGUCAAUCAAAAGAGGUCAUCAGAUUCGGGCAACAGAACCAACAAAAUGAAGCGAAGUGGUCAGAGAUCAAUUUCCUGCCCGAAGUUCCUCAAGGACAGACUCCGAACAGCCUUGAAGAUGAAAGAAAAACUCUGAGAGAGGAGAUGCAGAAAAAGAAGAGAGACUGGAAACUGAUUGAUGCAUUGAUGGGGAGCACCUUUGCCUUGCGGAGGAAGGAGAUUGUUGAGGAUGAGUCUCCAGUAUCUGAAGUUGCAGAUAGAUGGCCAGCACUGCUUUCAGAAAGACAGAUUGCUGCAGAGUUCAUGCACCUGGUUUCGCUUGAUCUCCACCAGUCUUUCUUACAUGGACUUGACAAGUAUUCCUCAACAUUGCUGGACUUCUACAGAGUGUGGGCCAGUAGCAAUGCCAUGCUCCACAGUCUCUGAUGUUCAAACUUCCAACCAGAAGAGAAGAGCUGCGGCGUUGCUUGGGCUGCCUCACUACCUGAGAGAGGACCCCUCCAACUUCUUCAAAGUUUGUGAGGCCUCUGAUUCUGAGGAGGAAGUGGCAAAAGGAGUUGAUGUGGGCCUGCUCUUCAUGACGAGCCAAGCUGAUGAUGGAGACAUGCUCACAGACAUUCUAGAUGUUGCUGUGAUACUGGAGGACAAGAUUGUCAUUCAUCAGCUAAAAACUGUACCACACGCCUUUGCUGUGCUAAUUGGCCUCUUGUAUAGUCUCAACAUUGACUACCCAAAGGGACUGAAAUAUACCUUUGAGGUGAUGCAGAAGGUACUCAUGGAUGUUGGCAGUGCAGCAUGUUCAUCCAAAGUUCUUGCACUCAAAAACAAGCUUCUACAAAGCAUAGUUUGAUGAGAUCUUGUCAAGUAGUCCAUGUUUAGUUGUUUUCCUAUGGAUAAAGACAGGUGGGACCCCUUAAAAUGUUCACAAUUUUUCAAGUGCAACUGUUAAAAGCACCUCGAACUUUAUAACUGUUAUGCUGUUGAUUACAUGUAUUUGGUGUUAUGAAUUUAUUCGGUGUUAUGAAUUCAUGUGGUUUUAUGGAUUUAUAGC